AUGAAGAGGAGACGUUUAUGGGGUUGGUUACUGUCCCUGGGAGCAAUGGGAAGCGAAUCACUGGGGUGCGCGUUUCAUCCGGGGAUACAAUAUCAGUAGAUAUAACGAUUCUAACCACGGGCGUUUAGACAUCACAUUUGCUUAAGAUGGGUAAUCGUACGAUUGCCACUGUGCAGCCGGUAGCUAUGAUACAGUUGGACCCUGACGAAGUGGCGGAGAUGAACAAGGGUUUCCCGGUGAUGGUAAACCUGCGUACCGAGUUGUUUGUGUUCCCUCCAACGCCAAAGAGCAAUGUUCUCAAGAUGGCGAGGCAUGGGUAUGGGUAUGAAGUAGAGCAGAGCUCUUCUGCGUCGUCUUACUCUGCGCCGAAGUUGGCAUUGAAGCAGCAGGGACAGUUUUUGCCGGCUGGUGCUGAGAAGGCGUUGCGAGAUGGAUUGGCGUUGUUCCUGCCCAGGUUUAAGGGUCGAGCGUUUUAUCCAGCGGAGAUUGUGCUGGUACACAGAUACUCCCAAGGGACAUUUUAUCGUCGAUCAUCAUCCCGAGUAUGUAAAUUUGUUCACUGCCAGAGGCGGAAGCGGACAGUAUGUUCCUCCUACUCUCAAGUCACUGACUGUUACUAACUGACACAGUGGAUUCAAAUUCCCCCCCCGUCCCGGGCCGCUAUAUAGCAGAUAGCUUGAUGGUAGGGCAUCGGAAGAGCAAAAGCGGAAAUGGGCGUGGACGGGAACUCGUAACAGGUAAAGGCGAUAGGAGCCGUGGCGGGCCUCCGAGGAGGGUUCUUGAGAGAGGAGUGGGCUCAUUUGUAGUCAAUCAGUCACAGCAAAAAGUCCAAAUCAGAGCAAUAAGGACUACAAAACCAU